AUGGCGCAAGACGACUACAACUGGCUAGAGAGCUAUCUACCAGCCGGGGACACCCAUAACCAUCAUGGACAUCCCGAUAUCACCCCGCAACCUCCAAAUGGGAGGCCCUCCUCUCCAUAUUUCCACCAACCUGCUGUUUCGCAACCACCAACACAAUAUACGUUGCCCUGCGCGCCCCCACAACCAGUCGCCUACAUGAACGUCGGAACCAACUCUCAAGCAACCAAUCGAAGUUACCAUCAAGGGUCAUUAUAUCGGGUUGCGCCGUAUUAUGGUCUUUCUGUUCCUCAACCACCUGCGCAACCCCCCAACAUGCCUCUCCGACAACAGGCAACACAAACACCCUUCCCGCAAGAUACACUUCAGAAUAAUUUCCGAUCCAUGUCCAAAUUUGUUCAAUACCCUCCCACCCUCUCCAAUAUGGCGCCUUUCUCGAGAGACACCGCAAUCGAGGGUCCCCAGACUAAAAGACCUUGCAUCCGAGAUACGCCAAUGCCGAAUUCUGCUCCUAAGCUUUCGUCCGCCGACUUCUCCUCAUUCAAUUUUACACCACAAGAUACGUCCGAUAAGUCCUACUUGAAGAAUCGCGCAGAUAUCGUGAAGCCGUUUAAAGAAACGGAUGCAGCGAAGAAGGCUGCGUACAAUCCUGCUACCAUCGCUCGUGAUGUGUUAAUUGCUGCGGGACGGCACCCGACAGAACGACCGUUGAACCACCAUCUACUUCGCCUGCGCGACAACUUUGCUGCUGUCGAUUUGACUUCUGAUUUGGCGAGCUUUCGCUGGGAUUUGGUGGACCCUGGCCAACCUACUGCACCUACUCCUACUGACCUGGAUCGUGUCGCGAAAUCACGUGGUGAUAACGAGAUGCGCACUCCAGAUCCGCGUUCCGCGCCUGUGCCCGUCGCACCCGCGCAGACACCUCCAACGCCGCUCCCCGCUGUCAACACCCACCACCACAACAAAAAUAAUAGCAAUAUCCAGCACCCCUCACCUGCGACUCAGCAGGCCAACACACAAAAUCGGGGCAUUCAGCCUCCAUCCCGUCGGCAAACUCCUCUGGAAACGACGAAACCCAUCUCUCGGCCUCCGUCGCAGCCCCCAGUCCACUCCAACAGCCCGGCUGUCCAGCCUAAGAUGGUCGUUGGUAAGAGACCGCCAGGUAGGCCGCCCAAGUCUUCCAAACCUCCCAUGGUGGAAAAGCCCGCUGGUGUACCGUAUCCAGUGUACCGCUGCUGCUGGCGGAACUGUUGCGCCGAGCUGCAUAACCUGGAUAUGCUGAAGAGACAUAUCGGUCGGACUCAUAUUCCACACACGCUCGUCUGCGAAUGGACAGAUUGCACCGUGACCAAGAACAUGCCGGCGGUCGAGCUGCUGCGACACGUGAAAAAAGAGCAUAUUGAGCCCAUCGCAUGGAAGCUGGGCGAUGGACCCUCGGUGCCCCGAACAAGUGAGAAAGCCACUAGAUGA